UUCGCCUAAAUAAGUUUACCGUCAUGAAGAUAAACGAGAACACUUUACUGGAAGGCGACAGAGUGGUUCUGGUCCCUUACAACGCGAACCAUGUGCCGAGGUAUCAUCAAUGGAUGAAGUCACCUGAACUCCAGCAGCUGACGGCGUCAGAGCCACUGACCCUGGAAGAGGAGUACAACAUGCUGAGAAGCUGGAGAGAAGAUGAUGACAAAUGCACAUUCAUCAUCUUGGACAAACAGAUGUGGAUGGAUCCAUGUGUAGAAGAGGAGCAGUGCAUGGUGGGAGACGUCAACAUCUUCCUGACUGACCCCACAGAUCGCUCCGUAGGCGAGCUGGAGGUCAUGAUAGCAGAGCCUGGCUACAGGGGUCAAGGCAUUGGAAAGGAAGUGACGCGCAUGAUGAUGUGUUACGGAGUCACAAGGCUCGGGAUUCGAAGAUUUCAGGCUAAAAUCGGGCUGGACAACCACGCCAGCAUCGCCCUGUUUAAAAAACUAAACUUUCAGGAGGUGUCUGUUUGUAAAGUCUUUAAGGAGGUGACCCUGGAGGUGACGGUCGACAGCGUGUGGGCGAAGCUGCAGGACAGCACGGCCUUCAUGAGAGAGCUAGCCUAUAAGCAGACCUGCAGCAGCAGACAACCUGAUUGUAACCCAAAGCCUUGUGCACCUUAAAAUAAAUAAAUAACCA